AUGCAACUUUCGUCAGUUUUUAUCAUAGGAAGGGAAUUUGGUGGUUUAAGUUUAGGACCUGGUCCCAUGUCUUUUGCUGAAAAGAUGGUGUUAUGUGUAUUUGGGUUGUUGAUAAUACUAUGGAUGACAAGAAGUAUCUCAGAUGACUUACCAGGUUGGGGAGUUUUGUUCCAUGGCCUUGUUGGUGAUGGUAGUAUCAGUGUUUUGGCAGCUGUAUUAUUGUUCAUAAUCCCAAACAUGAAGCAAGAUGGUGAAAAGCUGAUGAGUUGGAAUGAAUGCAAAAAGUUACCAUGGAACCUAAUUUUGCUACUAGGAGCUGGAUUUGCCUUAGCUGAUGGAGUACAAUCUAGUGGUCUAGCAGAAGUAAUGUCAAAAGCAUUAGAAUUCUUAAAAGAUGUUCCAUACUUAGCAAUUGUUCCUGCUGUUACUUUACUAUGUAGCAUAAUCACUGAAUUCAUUACUUCCAAUGAUGCCACAGCCACACUUCUAGUACCACUUUUGUAUAACAUAGCCAAAACUAUUAAUGUGCAUCCACUUCUUCUUAUGAUCCCUGGUGGUAUAACUACUGAAUUUGCAUUUUGGCUUCCAACUUCAACACCUUCAAAUGUUGUUGGAUUUGCUACUGGACAUAUUGAAAUUAAAGACAUGCUUAAAGUUGGUGUGCCACUUAAGGUUGCUGGAAUUUUGGUUCUGUCUCUUCUCAUGCCAACACUUGGUGAGUUGUUAAUUGUUUUUGUUUUGGAUUUUGAGUUUUGUGACACCGAUACUUCUGAUUUUGAGUUUUGGAUUAUGACUGAUUGUAUUUCAUUAAAGGCAAUAAUUUUGAAUGUGGCAACAUGA